AUGGCCGAACCUGAACAGCCAACAUUAGGUGCUGGCAGCUCUUCUGGUACGACAGAAGAUCUUCUGAAGCUUUCAGAGAUUGAGAAGAACGAGAUCGCGAGCAUCGACUGGGCGUCUAUUGGAUGGGAACCACCAGAAAUGCUCUUGCCUGUGUCCGAGAGCAAGAUGGAAGAGAUAGCUCAGAUGCUGGCUGAGCAUGAGGCCAAUAAACAGACGAGCCUCCCCAAGGACAAUGACCCCGUGGACAGCCCCACCACUCCCGUAUCGAACUCCUCCUCUCUUAACGAGGCUCAAAUUGUCAAAGUACCCGAAGCCGAAGACGAAUCUGGUGGUCAUGAGUCUGUAUCGCCAGCACGAGAGACAGCUAUCCCGGUUGCUUCAUCUCCAAUUAUACCUCAGCCUAUCGCACCUCACCCUAUCGCGGCUCAACCUGUCACACCUCAACCUAUCACACCUCAGCCUAUCAUCCCUGUAGUCACCGAGAACUGGGCUCAAUCAAUCGAGAUAGAUGAACUGGAGGGCAAGUACGACUGGAUUCAUGGCAAAAUCUUGAGACCAAAGCCUGAAAGCACGCGCUCGAUCCUGACGAGAAAACUCGAUCGACACUUCGAUUCGAAAGAUAUUGGAGAUCCCCCAAAGCUUCCCAUACCUUCCUCCGAGCCCGAAGUCGACGAACUUCAAGUAUCGCCAAUUAUCGAGACACAGAGAGAGCUUAGAAACAAUACAAGUACCCCGCUGGUGAAGGACAAUGAAAAGGAUGGGCUGGAGAGCGAAAUCACAGAAGUCAAACCUGUUUCUCCUGUUGAAGCUCCCAAAGAUUGUCCUUUCUUAUUACGAUGUUUAUGGUGGCUCUAUCCCGCGGUUGCAUUAUUGUCCAAAUGGCUUCAACCUGCUACAACAGAUCUAUUCACCUCUCCAUUUUACAUGCCUGAGAACCAAGGCCUCAGCACUUGGGAAGCGAUUUGCUACGCUCCCAGCUUCCCGCAAGCCAAGAUAGGCGAGGAGUUUGGAAUGCUUGACCCGUCUUGGAAGAUUGAGGAGGAGAGUUUGACCAGCGUGGAGGCUGGAUAUCUUGAGGACGAAUUGCUAGGGCGAAUGGAGGGCCUAGAAUUCAAAAUUUCCAUCAGUAGACUGCGAGGAAAGCAAAUCCUCAAAAAAACCGUCUACUACACUAUGGUCACGGGGGCGAUGUGGAUGGAGUGGAAGCGAUUGCAGUACCGACACGCUUAUUGGGUGUAG